CCCGCGCGCCGGGGCUGCACAUGGGGCCGCGGGGGCGGAUGCGGGCUGCGCGAUGGCUGCGUGCGUCGGGGACAUCGUGUAUCGCAGCGCGGGGGGGCAGAGCUCGGACUGCGCCGCCUCUGAUGACCAGGCGCUGAUCCGCGCCUACGACCAGGCCGUGCGCUCCUGCAAGGAGGCCUCGGGAGCCUGCGAGGACCCGGCGUCCGACAGCUCCAGCUCCAGCUCCAGCUCCAGCUCCUCGACGUCGAGCGGGGCUGAGAGCGCGAGCGAUGAGGAGGAGCAGGAGCGGCAGGAGGCAGAGUCGGCGUCCCAGUGGGAGGUGGGCGCCGCCUGCUGCGCCGUCUGGUCGGGAGACGGGCUGAUGUACCCAGCCCGCGUCGUCGCCCUGCGCCUGGCCGAGGGCACCUGCGUGGUAGAGUACGAGCACUACGGGAACCGGGAGGAGCAGAGCCUGCGGGACCUGCUGCCCCCCGACCGGACCCCCGAAAGCUCACUGCGGCCCGGCAGGACGUGGCAGGUGGGCGACGCCUGUCGCGUGGUCUGGUUGGAGGACGGGCUGCUGUACCCGGCCACGGUCAGGUCGGUGGACGCCGCGGCGGGGACGUGCCUGGUGGAGUUCGACGGCUAUGGGAACCGGGAGGAGCAGACUUUGGAGGACCUGCUGCCCCCAGAGAGCUCGCCGCACGGGAACCCUGCCAGCAAGGUGGAAGAGGAUGCACACAGGGUCCCCCGGAGGCCAAGCCCCCUCCCCUCCUGGCAGCUGCCCCACGGCCGGAGGAAGCCAAGCGCCACAGGGAAGUGGGCGCACCACUUGCCUCCUCUGCCUCUGCCCUCCAAGAGCAGCAUCCGGUGGUCCGGCCUAUCCCUGCCCCCGCCCUGCCGACCCCCCUUGCCCCUGCUGAUGCCCCCACCGCCCCCCCAGGACCUGCUGUGCCCAGACUGUGAGGAGGAAGACGCCCUGGCCUGCAUGCUGCUGAGCUGGCACCUGAGCGGGUACCACACCGGCUUCUACAUGGGGCUGCGGCAGGGUCGGGCCGAGGCCGUAAAGUCCACGCCGAAGCCGGUGUCGCGGCAGAAGAAGGCGUCAUCCCGGAGCUAGGAGCAGUUGCAGACCUUUGCACGCCCCUCGGGGUGGACGGGGCGGCCCCCAGGCUGGGCUGGCCCCGCACUGCUCAUCUGUCCUGCGUCUUGGAGCCACGACUCCAGCCCUGCACUGACCAGGCCAGGGAGCAGCGUGCGGCUGAGCCGGGGCACAGCCCGGGCACGGUGUUGCAGGUGCAGAUUGUCUCUCUCCAAUAAACCCAGUUUGUCAGGC